AUGAAAAUAAUUAUUAGUUUGUUGAUCACCUUGCUGCUCGAUGUCACACUGGCGCGACCUCAGGGCCCCACCACCGAACCCAUUCCCAUAAUAAGACAAGAGCAAGAGGUCAAUUUCGAUGGCUCAUACAAGUUUUCGUACGAGACCGGCAACGGCAUACAAGCCGAUGAGGAGGGCUACUUGAAGAAUGCCGGCUCCGAAGCCGAAGGAACGUCGGCGCAAGGCUCUUUCUCGUACACCUCACCUGAAGGUGUGCCCAUACGCAUCACCUAUUUGGCCGAUGAGAACGGUUUCCAACCGCAAGGCGAUCAUCUGCCCACUCCACCACCGAUUCCACCAGCCAUACAGAAGGCGCUCGCUUACUUGGCCACCGCGCCACCACCGCAGGAUCAGAGCAACCAAUUUGCGGGCAAUCGAAGAGGUUAG